AUGGGUAAUAACAUCUCAAGCACAGCUACUUCAAUAGCGACUGCCGGCAUUGAUAGCUAUGUUAGUGAACUUGGAGAUAUAGAAUAUGAAAGAAGUAGUGCACGUUUUAUGAAAACAAUACGUGGGCGCCAUAAAGAAGGGCUUGUUGUUAUAAAAAUUUUCAUAAAGCCAGAGCCUGGCUUGUCUUUGUCGAACGUGGUUAAAUCGCUUCAAGACGAAAGAGAUGCAUUGUCUGAAGUCCCUAAUGCAUUCUCAUAUCAAAGAAUAAUUGAAACAGAGAAAGCUGGAUAUCUAAUAAGGCACACACGUCCAUUUUUGAAUUGCAUCGAAAAAAAAUGGAUAACAUAUCAAAUUUUGUGCGGAGUACACGAUGCUCAUACUCGAGGGAUUUAUCAUGGAGAUAUCAAGACAGAAAAUGUUCUUGUCACAUCAUGGAAUUGGGUAUAUUUGGCCGAUUUCGCAGGAUAUAAACCGACAUACCUUCCAGAGGAUAAUCCUGCUGAUUUUUCGUUCUUCUUCGAUACAUCAUCGCGAAGAACUUGUUAUAUUGCUCCAGAAAGGUUUUAUAAACCUGGUAGUGAAAUUGACAGGAGAAAGGGUGAACUUGAGUUUGGAGAAAAAGACGGUGCUAUUACUCCUGCUAUGGAUAUAUUUUCUUUAGGUUGCGUGAUUGCAGAACUUUUCUUAGAGGGUACACCAAUAUUUUCUCUAGCUCAAUUAUUCAAAUAUAGGACUGGAGAAUAUGAUCCAGGUGUUUAUCUAGAAAAAAUUGAGGAUGCAGACAUAAGGGCUAUGGUGAAACACAUGAUCCAUGUAGAUCCUUCACAACGAUAUACUGCAGAACAAUACUUACAAGAAUGGCGUGGCACGGCAUUUCCGCAAUACUUUUAUACUUUCCUUCAUCAAUAUAUUGGUUCGGUGACCGAUCAUCAUAAUCAAGCUCAUCCAAGAACUUUGGCUACUAAUGGCACUAACAAAACUGUUGAACCUCAAGGCUCUAAUAUUGCAACUAGCACCAUUGUAAAUACAGAUGCGGAUGAUAAAAUAGAAAGAGUUUACUAUGAGUUUGAUAAAAUUGCAUUUUUCCUUGGAUUUUAUAGUGAGAAUGUGCAAGACACGGAGAUGGUUGUUAACAAUAGCCAUUCCGAUAAAGUUGGUGAAAGUUCCCGCCCUAUUAUAGAAGUAUCAUCACCAAAUGCGACACCAGCGUUAACAGUUGAUCUUCAUAUACCAAACUAUGAUUAUUUUGCCCUUAAAAAUAAAAAACGAAAGAAACAUGCAGAUGAUGGAGCAUUAAUAUUUCUCUCUUUAAUAUGCGCUACUAUCCGAAAUGCUGCAUAUCCUUCGUCAAAACUUCAUGCGUUGGAUAUGUUACUUGCAAUCGGGCAGCAUUUGGAAGAUGAAUUUAAAUUGGAUCGUUUAGUCCCUUAUUUAAUUGCACUUUUGAGUGAUGAAGUUGGUCUUGUUAGAGCUAAUACUGUCAAAACAUUGGCGCAUUUGCUUUCCAUGGUUGAUACUAUUACUCCUUCAAACGCUACUAUUUUUCCUGAAUACAUAAUGCCUAAACUUCGUAAAUUCGCUACGGAUCCUGAAGUUCUUGUAAGGAUAACAUAUGCUCAGUGCAUUGCAAUUUUUGCAGAGACAGCGCUACGAUUUCUUGAAUUAACACAAGCAACAGAAGACUAUCUAAAUGUAACUGAUAAUGAUGCUGAAAUUGAAGGAUCAUAUGAGGCUACUUAUGACGCCACUUUACAUGAUCUUCAAUCAAUUAUACAAGAACAAGUGACCACUCUUUUAAUUGACACUGAUAGUGCUGUUAAACGUGCUUUAUUGUCAAAUAUCACUAGCCUUUGUAUUUUUUUUGGUAAACAAAAAGCCAAUGAUGUGUUACUGAGCCAUAUGAUAACAUACUUGAAUGAUCGUGAUUGGAUGUUAAGAAGUGCAUUUUUUGAAAGCAUAGUGGGAGUUGGUACUUUCGUUGGAAAUCGAAGUUUGGAAGAAUAUAUUCUGCCUUUGAUGAUUCAAUCUCUUUCUGAUGCGGAAGAAUAUGUCGUGGAAAAAGUCCUUAAUUCUCUCACAAGCUUAGCUGAAUUAGGAUUAUUCCCAAAAAUGAAGUUAUGGGAAUUAAUUGCUAUUAUAUCGCCAUUAAUGUGCCAUCCUGGCAUAUACAUUCGUUAUGGAACCAUUGCUUUUGUUGCAUCGGCUGUUAAACUUUUACCAACGACGGAUGUAUGGUGCAUAGUAUAUCCAAUAAUAAGACCAUUUUUGCAGGCAGAAAUCGCUGAAGUUACAGAAUCCAAUUUAUUGGAGAAUGUUAAAGAACCGAUUCCACGGCCUGUUUUUGAUAAAGCUGUCUCUUGGGCCAGCAAAUCCAAUAAAUCUUUGUUUUGGAAACAAGCUAAAGAACGCAAAGCAAACAAAUCCGCAUCAACGACGGUUUCGGGUAAUUCUAGUGUUACAAGCCUAUUGUCACGACGGACCUCAACACUUGCAAUUAACGCAGGGAAAAUUAACAAAUCAGAGGAAGAUGAGCAGAACUUGGAAACGAUGAGGGGCAUGGGUAUGACAUACGAAGACGAAGAAAAAAUAAUUGCAAUGAGAGAUUAUAUCUAUAAAUUAUCUGUUUCUAAAAUUAAUACUCGUCCAAGGUUGGAUGAAAGCCUUAAAAUGGAGGAUGGGUCUAUCGUACUGAAAAAUUUGGGUAUAACCCCUCAUAAUGUCUUUGUAAUGCCAACUAAUUCUGAUGGGCAUACCACAAGAAACAAUACUCUUCUGCCCAAUGGAACAAAUGUUGUUGGGACACCAGGUGCAAAGAAUAGCAAAGCAUCUUUAGCAGAUCCACCGUUUUCACGAGUUUCCAGUGAAAGUAAUCUUCAGCUUCUUAAAGCUGAAGAGCAAGCUCGAUUAAUUUCUACUAGUCUUCGGGAGGCUAGAAUUAAUGCAGAAGGAAAAUUUCCAGCCAAACCUAUUUCAUCUUCACUUCAACCUGAAUUUGUAACUGGUACUUCAUCUUCUACAACUCAACGGAAGAAUCUGCCGAAUCCUAUUACAAUCAACGCUUCCUACAUGAAUUCUCAGGAUUCUUUAGUUCCAUCUUUAUCGACACCAUUACGUGAAAGGCACAGUUCGUUGGUCAAAAGGCCAAUUGAAAGCCCGAAGGCGGCGCCCGCAACCAGUACUAAUACAACAGCCGUUAUUGGAACCAUGGAAAUGCCUCUUCCUGCUGCUUCCAAAUCGGAUGUAAGCCUAAAUAGUAUUAAUGGCAAUGCUAGUCCGCAUGUAGAAGAAAUUUCAGCGAUAAAAAAUCUUGGCCCACAAGUAGAAGAAAUUCCAACAAGAAAAAAUCUUGGCACAUUUGUUUCCAGUACAUAUGAGGGUAAUGAUCGAAACGUUAAGAAUUUAUUGGAUAGCUUAUAUCUUGAAGCAUUUCCUGAACCUAUGCCAGAGUUUGGACCGAGAGUGACCAAAUCAUUGGUUCCACGUCCUGGAACGGCCGCAAGAUUAAAAACCAUUGCUAACUGGAGACCUGAAGGUGCAUUGGUAGCUCACAUGACAGAACACAAAUUAUCUAUUAAUCAAAUAUGUGUCUCUCCUGAUCACAAUUUCUUUGCAUCAUGUUCGGAUGACGGAACUAUUAAAAUAUGGGAUUGUGCCCGAUUUGUCAAGAACUUUAAUAGCCGUUCAAGAGUCACAUAUAGUCAACAAGGUGGUAAGAUCAAAUGCAUGACUUUUAUUGAUAGCACACAUUGCAUUGCGGCGGCAUCAGAUAAUGGAAGUAUCCACAUAUUUCGAGUUGACUAUUUGCCCUCUGUCCCAGUACCAAAGUAUGGAAAACUACAAAACGUGAGAGAAACUUACUUGAGUGGAGAAUAUGCAGUGGCGAUGGAACAUUAUGAUACUGGCACAGAGUCCAUUUUAUUUUAUGCGACAUCCAAAGGAAACAUAUGUGGACUAGAUUUAAGGACAAUGCAAAUAGUGUGGAAGUUUGAGAACCCUAAAAGCCAUGGUGUCAUCACAGCAAUGGUGUCUGAUAAAAAACAUAGGUGGCUUCUUAUUGGUACAUCUAGAGGAAUAUUUACUCUUUGGGAUUUACGAUUUCGAAUUCAAAUUCGAUCAUGGGUUCACCCUACAAAAAGUCGUAUUAGUAGGCUUCUUUUGCAUCCUCAAAUUGGAAAUCAAAAAUGGUGGGUAAUUAUUGCUGCUGGAAAAAAUGAAGUUUCGAUUUGGGAUAUAGAAAAGGUCGAAUGUAAGGAAGUUUUUGGUGUGAGAGCUGAUGAGAAGAUUGGUGGUGUUUCUUUGGAUAUGUUUAAGGCCGUCGAACCACCAGGUCCAAAUGAUAUAUUGCGAAGUGCUUUUACUGCUCAUGAAAGCAGUUUUUCUGCAGAUAAUUCUAUUCGUGCAGUUCUUUAUCCGUAUGAGUGUAAUUAUAUGAUAACAGGCGGGUCAGACCGCAAAAUUAGGUUUUGGGAUAAUAAUCGGAUCGAUGAUUCAUAUGUGAUUGUUGGAUCAGAUACUGACGAAGCCAGACCUACUUAUAACACAAGACCAUUUGAUGGAAUAAAAGUUCACUAUGAAAUACUAUCGUCCACUUCAUCGUCUUCACAAAAUUCGACACACUCAAACGGACAUAACAGUUCAAACCAUAGAAAUAGUAGUACUAAAAGGCCGUCUGCCAAUAAUAAUAAAUCAUACAACAAUGGAAAAAAUCAAUUAAUCUUUUAUCAACAAUUACUACUUAAAAACCAUUUAGAUUGCAUAACCGAUUUAGCAAUUACAGAAAUUCCACAUCCAAUGCUAAUUAGUGGAGAUAGAGAUGGUGUUAUUAAAGUAUUUUUGUAG